AUGAAUACCACUGCUUCAGCAACUACGACUUCUUUGGAUGAAGAUGCUGAAGAAUGCGGGCCACAGCUGAUCAGUAAAUUAGAGGGCAAUGGCAUCACAUCAGGAGAUAUAAAAAAGCUUGAGGAAGCGGGAUAUCAUACUGUUGAAUCUGUUGCCUAUGCUCCAAAAAAAUGGCUAAUCACAAUUAAAGGGAUAUCUGAAGCGAAGGCAGAUAAAAUAUUAGCUGAAGCAUCUAAAUUGGUGCCAAUGGGAUUUACAACAGCUACUGAGUUUCAUCAAAAGAGGGCUGAAAUAAUACAACUUACUACUGGUUCAAAGGAAUUAGACAGAUUACUGGGAGGUGGUAUAGAAACUGGUUCUAUUACUGAAAUAUUUGGUGAAUUCCGUACUGGCAAAACCCAAUUAUGUCACACAUUAGCAGUCACCUGCCAGCUACCCAUUGAACAAUCUGGUGGAGAGGGUAAAUGCAUGUACAUCGAUACAGAAGGAACAUUUAGACCGGAAAGACUGCUGGCCGUUGCACAGCGAUACGGUAUGGAAGGUGCGGCGGUCUUGGACAAUGUUGCAUAUGCAAGAGCUUAUAACACAGACCAUCAGACCCAAUUGCUAGUGCAAGCUUGCGCCAUGAUGGCAGAGUCAAGAUAUUCCUUAAUUAUAGUUGAUAGUGCAACCGCUCUAUACAGGACAGACUAUUCUGGACGAGGGGAACUGAAUUCUAGACAACUACAUCUGGGUCGUUUCAUGAGAAUGUUGCUCAGAUUGGCUGAUGAGUUUGGUGUAGCAGUAAUCAUAACAAACCAAGUGGUCGCUCAAGUGGAUUCUGUAGGAGUUUUCAAUGCUGAUACCAAGAAACCAAUCGGAGGUCAUAUCAUAGCGCACGCGUCCACAACUAGACUCUAUUUACGGAAGGGUAGAGGUGAUAAUCGCGUGUGUAAAAUAUACGAUAGUCCGUGCUUACCCGAAACAGAAGCUAUGUUUGCGAUUAGCGCUGAAGGCAUCACUGAUGCUAAGGAAUAAUAAUUUAAUUAAGGUGCUAUCAUCACUGCCAUCAACCUUAAAUAUUAUUUUAAACAACGUAGUAGUGUAUGUUUACAAAGAAAAAAAUAAAAUAAAAACUAGAAAAGAAACAAUGAAUGUACAUAUAUAUAACCACUCAAAAUGAAGAAAAUGGCUCUAAAUCCAAAAAAAAAUAUGAUGGAAAAAUAAGUAUACUGGAACAUACACUCUUAAUUAAUUUAUAUAAUUUGGUACAUUAUUUUAACUCAUUUAAAUGGCAACAUCAAUUUGUGUGAAUGAGCUUAGAACAUUUUGUUGGUAGUGUAGUGAUGUGUGAAUUGUUUUAUUUUGUUAAUACAAUAAUAACUUACGGACUUAUUCAUCGCGACUUAUUGGACAUUUAUAAUUUUUCAAAAAAUUAUAAAGGUCCAAUAAAAUAAAUCCAAUUUAUAAAUUUUAUGUUUAUAACUAUUAAUAUAAAUAAAAUGUAAUGUUUGUUCUCUAUGAAUUCCUAAACCAUUCAUGCGAUUGUGAUGAAACUUUGUAAUUAAUAUUGGCAAUCUAGAAAAGGUUUGUUGCAGUACCAGCAACAUAUGACCGACAGCACGUGAAUAGUAAAAAAAAUUGUUUUGACAGCUUUUCAUUAGUUCACAAUAAAUCUGAAUAAGACCAUAUAAUAAUAUGUAGCUGCGAUAACUAUUAUAAAUAAAACCAUUUCAUUCAUUAAAUUAUCACUGUUUCGACUUUAUAUAUAAAACUAUCUAGUAUUUCUUUUCACAACAUUAAACGCAUUUUAUGUAAUACCCAUUCAUUCAUUGUAUUUAAGCAUUAAUUCCAGGAUCAACUGUAAAUAAGUAGGUAUGUAAUUUAAAGAGAACCAGUGUCAAAUAAAACUAUUUUUACAUUUU